CCGCGCGCGAGGCGAGCGGGCAAGUUCGCUGCGGGUGUGUGGCGGCGGCUCCUUUCCUCAGUGCCGCGACCCUCGGCAGCUCAAGCCAUGAACUGAAGCCCCGCAGAGACGGAGACCCGAGCGGAGCGGCUAAGGCAGCUGCAGCAGCCCGGGCGUGGACCCGCGACCGCGGCGCGUUUCUCUCCCCGUCGCCGCUCCCACCGCUGCUGCCCGCCGUUGGCUAAGAGACAUUACAGCCGCGAGACCCGACACACAAAAGCCGCUUUCUCUGCGCCGCCCGCCCCGUGAGGCUGCGGCCAGCCAGGGACCCCACCUGAGGGCGGCUGGGGCUGCAGAGUUCGUUUUGUGUCUGAGUUCCACGCCCCGCGCGGAACUGACCCCGUGCCCAUGGCUCUGAUAAUGGAACCGGUGAGCAAAUGGUCUCCGAGUCAAGUAGUGGACUGGAUGAAAGGUCUUGAUGACUGUUUGCAGCAAUAUAUUAAGAACUUUGAGAGGGAGAAGAUCAGUGGGGACCAGCUGCUUCGUAUUACACAUCAAGAGCUAGAAGAUCUGGGGGUCAGUCGCAUUGGUCAUCAGGAACUGAUCUUGGAAGCAGUUGAUCUUCUGUGUGCACUGAAUUAUGGCUUGGAAACAGAAAAUCUAAAAACCCUUUCUCACAAGUUGAAUGCAUCUGCCAAAAAUCUACAGAAUUUUAUAACAGGAAGGAGAAGGAGUGGCCAUUAUGAUGGGAGGACCAGCCGAAAAUUGCCAAACGACUUUCUGACCUCGGUUGUUGAUCUGAUCGGAGCAGCCAAGAGUCUGCUUGCCUGGUUGGACAGGUCACCAUUUGCUGCCGUGACAGACUAUUCAGUUACAAGGAAUAAUGUCAUACAGCUCUGCUUGGAAUUGACAACAAUCGUGCAACAGGAUUGUACCGUAUAUGAAACAGAGAAUAAAAUUCUUCAUGUG